UGGCGUGUCAGGAGUUGAAUUUCACUUCCUGUAUCUCUCAGGUGAGUCAGUCGGGCAAUGUCCUCGGUUGCUCAGGUUUAUGUCGACAUCAAACCGGUAUGUCUCAUGUGAGAGUUUCGGAGCUGUGAACGAUCAGAUCCGUCCGUUGGGUCUUUGUGGACUUUGUGAACCAUCACUGGAUGCACGAAAGGGAGCCAGCGGCCAACUUAAGGUUGAUUUGUGAGAAGAAGCAAACUGUUGCUUUGCCCAUUUGCGGCCUAAACGCUGCUGGGAGAAGUUGAUUUUUAAAAUAACAAGCGAUUUUAUUCUGUUUUGAUUUCGCUAUCGUUAUAGGUAGUCUUUUGAUUUUACUUUUGUGUCAAUAUUCACAGCACCUUGAAAAUGUAUUCACUUAUUAAAGGGCAAUUUGGGGCGUGCUCGCUUUUGCUUAUAGUGCUACUACUUGACCCCUCUUACGGCAACAAUGAAGUUGGUCAGAAAUGUUUAGCCACGUUUCAGAAAGGUCGGGACGAUUUUAUUCUCGAUGCUGACGAAUCUGUGAAAGACGGCGCGACUUUCAUUUCGUCGCCGAAACUGGACCAUGAAAAGGACUGUGUGACUGCCUGCUGCAAAGAGCCUAAGUGCAAUCUCGCCUUCAUGGAGAGAGGAGAAGAAGGCUUGGUCAGCUCCUGCUUUCUGUUUGACUGUCUGUACAAAAAGAAAUACGUGUGUCGUUUCGUCAGGAAGAAAGGAUACACGAAUUACAUCCUGGACAGCGUUCACGAGAGCUACCUGGCAGUGGAUGUUCCCCCAAAUGAGUCUGACCAUCCCCCUGUGGCCAACGGAGGCCAGGACCUGGUGGUCCAGCCUCAGGACAUAGUGACCCUGAAUGGCAUAGCAAGCAAAGAUGACAAGGGGAUUGCGUCCUUCCAGUGGCAAAUGCUCACUGGGUAUCCUUAUGCCAUCAUUGAGAAAACCAACUUUGACGACCAGAUUAUGGUAUCCAAUCUGACUUCUGGGGUGUACAAGUUCCAGCUGACUGUCAUAGACACCAAUGGCCAGUCAGACUCAACCAAGGUCACCGUCCUGGUCCUUACUCCUGAGCAGUCUGAGCAUCACUGCAUGGCUCCAAAGAAGAUUGGGCCGUGUCGCGGCUCCUUCCCUCGCUGGCAUUACAACGCUGCCUCAAAGAAUUGUGAGGAGUUCAUGUUUGGGGGCUGCAGGGAGAAUCUCAACAACUAUCUCUCCAAGGAUGAGUGCACCAGUGCCUGCUUUGGCUCAGAAAAAACUAGAAUAACUGGAAGAGGUUUGCCAAUUCCUGCGCCUCAAGGAGAAAAAUGUGGCGCUCCAUGUACCACAGAGGAGUUCGCCUGUUCAAAUGGCUGUUGUCUGGAUCCAGGACUGGAGUGCGAUGCAACCCCACAAUGUUCCGACGGCUCAGAUGAGCAGAAAUGCGAGGACUUGGACAACAAGUUCCGUAUUCUGCUGCAGAUUCCAGUGAAUGAACAAAAAGUGCGCUGCACAGAGCUUCCCAACACAGGAACGUGCAGGGACAGUUUCACCAAAUGGUACUACGACCCCAUGCAGCAAACCUGCUUCCGCUUCAACUACGGCGGCUGCCAAGGAAAUGAGAACAGAUUUGAUUCUGAGGAGGCCUGUAUGAAAAUUUGCCGUGGAGUAACAGAAAAUGACGUUUUUACAAGAAAUACGGAAUUAGGAAAGAGAGUGUCAGAAAGCCACACAGUUACCAUAGCGAUAGCUGUCCUCCUGGGUCUGGCUAUCCUCAUCCUACUGGGCAUCCUGGUGUACUGCAUCAUGAAGGCAAGGAAGUCUUCGCAACACCAGCGUAUUCCUGUCAACACGGUCCCGGUCACCUUUGAGGACAGAGAACGUCUUGUCUACAACAGCACCACCAAGCCCAUCUGACACUCCUCAGUCCUCACCUGUCCUGGUGGUGAAUUACAUUUGGUUGCUUUAGCUAUGUUGUACCACUGAACAUACUCAGAUUGAUGUUAGAGGAAACGAUGUCCACUGACUGCGUUUGAAUGCUAGAGGGGCUGUAUUUUGUCCUGAUAUCGAUGUAUCUUCUAAGGGUGAUGUACACAGAAGGCAGAAUACCUUCGAUGAUAAAAUGUGAUGUCUAAUGAUUUAACUAUUAGCUUGUAUAUAAUACAGUGGACUGGCGUUGUUGGCUAUCACUUUGUACUCAGGUUAAAAGGGCAGGAUUUUUAAUAGUGUGGAGGUAGAUAACCACUGUGUAUCAUCCCAUGAGACCAGUUUAAAUUCCUAAAUAUUUUCUCCUUUGUUGUGCUUUCCUCCAUUAGGUGCUCUGACAUCUGUCAGUGAGCAGCUCUUUUUGAAAUACAUUGAGUUUUAAUGUCAGACCCCUAAUUGUUAUAGGUCUACAUUGGACUGUUACUUUUAAGAGUCUAGAUGCCCUCACUUUUUUGUGAACCUAAGCUCUGGGAAAGGUUAUGUGGGUAUGUAAAGUCAUAUGGAGGAUCCCUUCAACAGUCCUUUCACACCAGCUUUUUCACUCUGCCAGAUUUAUUUUUGUUCCUGUUCAUACACCAUUGUUACAUGGAAGCUUAAUGUUGUACAUAAUCUUUGAAUUUUAAGAAAGUAAUAUUUUACAAAAGGUUAUUUUGUGAGAGAUUUUUCAAGUGUUUUUUAGAAUAAGCAGAAUGCACACACUAAGCAGUGCUUAUACGCUAGAAAGCAGCCUGGUUGUUGAAUAUUCAACAUUUUAAACUUUGUACAUAUGACCUGAUAAUAGGUUUCUGUUCCUUUUGCAGUAUCCUCAUGUUUAUGCUAAAUAAACAUAUUAACUCAAGAGAUACUUGGGAAUUUUUUUGUCUUCAAAAAGAUACCAACUUGUUUGAACAGGUUUUUAAAGUUCUGUGUUCUUAAUCGACUUCACUGUGAUUGUUUGCUCAACUCUUUGUCUUGCAUCAUAGGAUGCAUUAUUUUUUUUCCUGACUGUAAUUUAUGAUGUAGACGCCGUGUGUGGAAAAAGACACACCCAUCUACUCGAUUCCUCUCAAGUGCAAUUUUUUUGGUUCAUGUCCAUCUUUCUAAAUGUAACUACAUAAUGCAAUUUCCUCAUGUUGUUGUAUUUUGAGUUUUGUUUUUGUUUUGUUAGUUUCAAUAGCCUCUGGUUACUAGUAUAAAAUGAUUAGUGACUUUUUUGUGUAACAAAUUUUUUUUGCAGAUUAUGCACUGGUUCUUUUACUUCUUUUUCCUGUUCUGACUUUCAGUUUUUCUGUGUGGGAUCAGUUUUUUGUAUUAUAAUCAUAGAUAGUUCAAAUAGAGCUUAGGCCACUACUUUUACAUGUUUUUCAUUAUGUUUGGAUUCAUAUGCUCAAAUAAAAUGUGACAGACAGUUGUCUUUAGAAAGAUAAAGAUAAUCUGCCUUCAUGAGAUGGUUGCUUUUUCAGUUUCAUCUGAUUAAUAUGUGUUGUGUUAAAGUCGACAUAAAAACUAAAAACACCCAACAUUUUGACAAACUUUGGAUCUUGAGAUGCCACUUCUGAUUGAUCUAAUCUCCGUUCAACUGUCACUUUCAAACAUCUGAUGUUGUCACAUUUGUUUGAGUCAGAUAAAACCAACAAAAGUAUGUUAAACAUGUUAAAUGCACACCUGAGAUAUGUAACAUAAGCUACUAAACCACAGUUGCAGUAUAAACUGCAUCAGCAAACCAGUCACAUUUGUUUUUGUUUUUUCUGUUAGUUUUUUGCAAAUAUUGACUGGUUAAAUAGAGUCAUACAAUCAUCUUUCCCUGGAUUUAUAAUAUGUGUGGGAAUCUUAGUGAUGGUCAAAUUUCAGUCGUGCAACUACAAAGGGGCAUUGUCCUUUAUUACCAGCAGAUGGCGACAUUGCUUCGUUAGAUAUUCAACUUAGCGGCCUUGUGUAGCUAAAUCUGAUUAAUGUGGUCUACACAAACUUAUGUCGUUUAUUCUGAAAUCUUUGUCUUAUUCGGAGUCAUUAGGAUCUUUUGCAUUAUUUAUUAUUAUUAAUAUGAAUUUAAGACUAUAAAGCUGCAAAUUGUACCAGGGCAAGUUACUUCCAUAUGACAGCACAGGCUACAUUUUCACAUUGACAAUAAGCUGGACGACUUUUCUUUCAAUGAAGUCGUCCAGCAUAUUGUUUUCUUCAUAGCCUGUAUGGAGGCAGCAAAGAGGGGGCAGUGCAAAGCAAAAGCGCCCCUCUCUAUUUAGACAGACAUAAAUUAGCACCCACCCAAUUGAUUUACUGAAACCACCCUUUGUGAGCCCUCCUGUCAACUGACCUAGCCGUCAUAAAUGUAAUUGUCAGGGUUACAAUUUAUUAUGCUCUUUCACAAGCCUGUCAUUCGUUUGCAUAUGUUAUAUCAUGAGUGUAAAUAAAAUACUUCUGUGG